AUGACUUCAAAGAAUUACACCGACGGAGCAAAUUGGCGAUCGAAAAGAACCCCUAGCCAAGCCAACCUCAUAAUUCUCUGUGCAGGGAUGAAGGAUGCAGAAGUCGAGGCUUCCUCAACACCACCGCGCCCAGGGGCGUUCUGCAACAUUAGUGCCCUCGCUAAACCCUGUGAUAUUGGUGGAAAUGGUACACAUACGAGCAAGGCCAGUCGUAUCCCUCGACCAGUCGCUCUCUCGGAACGAAAGUCAGCAAAGACGACCAUGGCACGAAAUCGAUGCCUGAUUCCAGUUGUAGCUCUAGCGACAGGGAACGACGCUCGUUUCAAGGUCAUUCCAGUACGGAAGCGCAAGAUGUGUCUGGAGUACCAUAGCAGGACUCAAGCCUUAGAUAACUGUGUUCAAGAUCAUGCUUGGAUAAGUCUUUACGGCGUACUAUCCCAUCACAACAUUACGACUACUUAG